UCUUCCGCCGCCGACCCCCAGAGGAUGAGCUGUGCGAUGGCCGGUGUCGCACGUGUUGCCUGCCGCCUCCCGGCGGGAUGCGUGCAUGCAGCUGGUGCUGGUCGGUCCCCCUCUUCCCCUGCGUCUGCAGCAGGGCGUCCUGGGGCUGCGUUCACGAGCUCGUGCUCCCCCCCUUCCCCCUCUCAAAUGGGGUGUUGGACCCCAGCGGAGGGGAGCAAGGGGGAUGGGGGACAGCCACAUAUCUCACACGAUUUUUCACACCCGACAAGCGGAGGUCGGCAGAGCACAGUACUUUGGUGUUCCAACGCUGUUGGCAAUCCAGAGAUAAUCUGUAUAUGUUUUUUUUCUGCGCGGCUGCCCUGCCAGCCGUGCCGCGCCCCUCACUUCACGCUCGAGCCACUCUUUCGCCUUCCUGGCGCCACCCGGCUUCACUCUUCCGCCUUGCCGACAGGCGAGCCAUUUUGUCGCAUGGUGCCUGGGCCCAGCGCAGAUCAAAGAAUUCCGCACGGAGCUUCGACAGCUACGCUAGUGGAGUUGUCGGUGUUGGCGGGGCUGCCCGCCGAGCUCGACGACCGGCGGGCGCCUGGGGGCCUCGGAGCGCUCCGCUGCCGGGCCGAUCUCGGGAGGGGGAACAAGCACCCAGACUGAAGGCGGACUGGAUUCGCGUUGGCUCCCUCGCCAGAUUGCCCCUGUUUGCCAGAUUGGGCCUGCCAGAUUGGCGCGCCAUUGUCCGGGGCGAGAGUUUUAAUUGCGCCUGCCGGCAGAGUCCCUACCAGGCCGUCCACGGCGCAUGUCCUUUCUUUUCUUCCGCCGCGUGCGCGCGCCCCGGGCCAGCCCCCGCGACCCAGUCCGAGGCCGCGCCCGGUGCCCUUGAAA